GGCGGACCGGGAGCCGCCCCCGCGUCGCGGAGCCGCCGUGCCAGCAUGGACCGGAGCCGGAUGAAUGAAGACUUCCCCAGCCUCAGGAGCCCCAGCUGAGCUCUCAGAGGCUUCUGAUCCAGUUGAGUCAAGAGCUUUGUCUGGGCGGAGGACGCGAGUCAACAAAUGGUCUCUGUGAGUUGCCAGGAGCUGCUCCCCUCCUUGACCAGCUCGUCCCUGCUAGAGAGCUUGGCCAGUGCUCUGCAGCGCAGGAUGCCACCGUCCCUUCUGCCAGGGCACGGCAGCGAGAGGGCAUCCAGCCACCCAGAAGGCUCUGGCCAUCUCCUCGCAGGCAGCACCAGCCACCCUGAAGGCACCCCGUCCCCCCUGUCUGGGGAGAAAGAUGCAAAACCCCAAGUCACCAUCUGUGAGGCUCAUCUCAGGCUGCCUGACUUCUGCAGCAGCCUCUCCCAGGACUUCAUUCCCACCCUGGAGGAGAUCGAGGAGUUCCUGAGGGAGAAGGCUGAGUUCCUCAAAGAGGAAGCACGUGAGCUUCCCCCAGCUGGAGGGAAGGUGGAGAUCAAACCUGAGGUCAGCUUAGGUAGCUCUGGGGGACAGCCUGUCUCCAGCGUGGCUCAAGAAGAAGAUGUCUCACGUGCUGCUCAGCCUGGAGCUGAUGGCAGUGACCAGGCAGUAGCUGCCGGCAGCGUUCCUGUUGUCCUCCAAAUCCAGCCUCUCCCGAUGGACAGUGGCAGCCCCGUAGCCACAGGGGGUGUCAGGGUGGCCCAGCUGGUUAUCAGCCUGCAGGGCCAAAACCUGUCCUUCCUCCCUCAGGUCCAGCCCCCUGUCACCAUCAUGGACCAAAAAUAUGUCAAAAUUGCCCCCUUGCCGGUCGCCAGGAGGUCGGGGGAUGUGCAAGAGGUGGAGGUAACCCCCAGGUAUCAGAAAGCCCCCCCUUCCCUCCUCCGGGUCCAUAAGUGCUCCCACCCGGGCUGCGGCAAGAUGUACACCAAGAGUUCCCACCUCAAGGCUCAUUUCCGUCGUCACACCGGAGAGAAGCCCUACACUUGUGCUUGGCCCAACUGCAGCUGGAGGUUCUCCCGGUCGGAUGAGCUCUCCCGUCACAAGCGCUCCCACUCCGGGGUGAAGCCCUACCAGUGUGCCGCCUGCCAGAAGAAGUUUGCCCGCAGUGACCAUUUAGCCAAACACGUGAAGAUCCACCGGGGCCAGAGGACACUUCGGGGCGGUGACAGGAGUUAAACCUCCAAAUCCAUUCACUCCUGCUGCUCGUCCGUACCAUGCUGCAUCCAGGAAGCCCCAAAGCCAGGGGAAAAAAAGAUGCAAAAGCCACUA